AUGUAUGAUCGGAACUCUCAGAUAAAAACCUAUUCUCCACACCAGUUGGAGAGAAUCUCUCGUACUUUUACAAUGAGCUCAAGAGGUACUGAAGAACAAAAUAAGACGAUGAAAAUGCAGAACGGUUUCAAAGACUUAACAGAUUUUGACUUAGAUGGAGACAGCAAACUCUAUGUGGUUGACUCGAUUAAUAACUUGCACAGAACAAAUACUUGUGAUGAUCCCUAUGGGCCAAUUUUAAAUUCAGAGGAAUGUGAGAGCGCUGCUGAAAAUAUCGAAGCAUCCACCAGGGGAUUAUUGAAUGAUAACGAGCAAAAGAAGCAACCCGAAACUGAUCCUGCAACAAUUAAAUCCACAGAAGAUGUUCAUCCGUGUUCUUCCUCAAAGCUAAAGAAAAAGUUGCUACUUGCGGUAGUAAUAUUGUUGCUGCUGGUGAGCUUCGUACUUGCUGCUAUUGCUAUCAUUUUUACUGUGAGGAUGGAUGACCAGCUUGAUUACAUUCUGGCAAAGAUAACGGCAGAAGGGAAACAGGAUAAAGAAAUCAAGAUUCUCGUGAUGGAUCACUUCAAUUUCUCGAAAGAAUCAAACAAUAGCGAUGUAACUGGACUACCUCACAACUAAAAUCCAUAAUGACCAAAAGAAAUUGCAAGCACUGUUCAAGUUUACUGCUAAUUUUUUAAAGAGACUGAUGAAAAAAAUUACAUUACAUGAAAGGUGCCUCAGAGUGUACCUAAUGUGAUUCAAACAAUGCUUGCUGGAGCUCUGGAAGAUUCUUGAAUCUUAUGCAGAGUAUGUUUUGUGAAUUACAUGAUAAAUGGAACUGUGCAGGCCAACCUAUUAUGUUCAUAUGCAAACAGCCCUACAAGACUGCAAUCAAUGAAAUGAAUAGCAGCUGUCAACUACAGGAAGAAAUGGAUUGAAUUAUAGAGCACGAAUUUCCCCAAAGCAAUGCUCCAUACAAGAGUUAGCAUAUUGCAGUGAAAAAGGCAAUCUCUUGUUUGAGAAGAAUUCAUCAACUAUUGAAUCUGUUAGUUUUUCUACUUGCUGAACCAGUGAUGAUACAGUUAACUGACACAGGAUUUAAUUCUUGAACAAUGCGAAUGUGAAAAAAUCUGUUGUAGUAAGAAAAAAAUGUCCGAAAUACUACAUUAUGAUGCAUGGUUCUAUUACUUAAUUUAUUUUGUGAAUUGAUCGUUUUAUUCUGUGAUUAGUAACAUUAAUGAAUCCUGGCUUGAAAAUGUUAUAUAUUUAGCACCUUAGAUACGACCAUAUGACAUAACUUAUUUAAAAAUUAAAUAUUUCUAUCACUGAAAAAGACUGAAUCUCGUAAUUAUAUUUUAAGACCUGUGUUGACAGUAUUUUUUUAGA